AUGGGCACCAAAUGGAGGGGAGGACUUGUCAUCACCUUGCUUGGCGCCUUGAUGCUGAGGCCGCAUGACUCACCGGCCGUGUCACCGACCCUCACCUUCGCGACUGCAGAGGGGUUCAAUCAGUCCACCCGAUCCAUUUCAGUUUGUUUGGAUUCCCGCUUGGGUGUGACCCUGGUUUUCUUGGGCUGUACGUUUCGGAAGACGGGAGGACAGCUAUCGCAGCAAGAGCUGGACUGUUUACUGAACCUGCUGAAAGAGGCCAACAAGCCCUUUGAGGCCAUUGCCACGACGUUCUACAAGAAUUUCAGCAAGCAGGAGCAGUUCAAAGCCGGCUGCGUCAUUUGCAUGCUCAUCCAAGACAACCUCCUGACACAGACUCAGCGGCUGGUGGGAUUCUAUCUUCUGUAUGACAUUUACAGGAAUGACUCCCUGCCAACGACGCCCUUCGUGCCCUUAGUCGUGGAGGUGGUCGAGCAGACCAACGAUGUGGUUGAACGAAAGUUUCUGCUGCAGUUUCUGUCGUCCUUGCCGAAGGAGCUGCCGAAGCAGAGUGUGCAGAGCUUCUUGCAGUCCUGCGAUGCAGAGCACCCGGCCAUCCCUGACCUGGACGCCUUUCGGCGGAUGCACCAGGAGAGUGCCCCCGGCGUGAGCGCGCAAGCCGCGCUGGGCGUUCGGCCGGUGAUCAACGAUCGGUCCGAUGAGGGCUUCUGGGUCUCCGAGGAGAAUGACCCCACCGGCCUGGAGCUGAACCCCGAAGAGCUGACUCUGCUCUCCUUAGAACCCGCCUGGUCCCGGCCAGUGCCGCCGCUGUUGGAACCCACGGUGGAUGAGGUCUUCUGGCUGACACCGCCCCACUUGCUCUCAGAGCCCUUGUGGGACUAUACCAUGUGCGCGGACACCUCGCGGGGCGCGGAGGUGCGGGAACUCAUUGCCAAGGCGGUCAAGACACCGCUGCCCUCGAACCAAGCGCAGGUCAUUUUUGACGGCUUGGCGCAGGACGCGAAGUUAGUGUAUCACUGCGGCUUGACGCCCAAGAAGCUGCCGGAGCUGGUGGAACACAACCCGCAGAUCGCCAUCGAGGUCCUUUUGAAGUUGAUGGGUGGCUCGCAGAUCUCGCACUACUUCACCGCGCUGGUGAACAUGGAGAUGAGUUUGCACUCCAUGGAGGUGGUGAAUCGACUAACGACCUCCGUGGAUUUGCCACCGGAGUUCGUGCAUUUAUACAUCUCCAACUGCAUCUCCUCGUGCGAGAACAUCAAGGACAAGUACAUGCAGAAUCGCCUCGUGCGCCUUGUUUGCGUCUUCCUACAGUCCCUGAUCCGGAACAAGAUCAUCAAUGUGCAGGACCUCUUUAUCGAAGUCCAAGCCUUCUGCAUCGAGUGGCUCGGAAAUGACUUCCCUCCUGGCAACGACUUGUGCGGCGGGGAAGUGGCGGAGAGGUCCAAUGCGACUGCUUCGGUGAGCAGUGCAAACGCUUCGGGGCGCUACGGCCGUGCCAGGAAUGUCGAGUAUACGAUGCUUUUGUGGUAUGAACACCCGCUGCCGAUUUACCUAGGCAGCGAGCGGCCACCGGAGGAUGAGGUGCUAAAGGCAUUGCUCAAGGUGCAAAAAGAGAAGGCAGAGCUGAACAAGGCUGAUCCCUAUUAUGGCAAGCUCACUGGUGCUGGUCGAGAAGGAGGGAAGCGCUGGCGCCUUGUGUACCUGGCCACGCGCAACGCCGUGGUGGCGGAACGGAAGAAUGAGGCGCCGCCCUCCUUCUUUGACCGUGGCUGGUACGUGGAUGGCUUGGUCACAGCGGUGCAGCGCUUUGAGGAUAGUUCCGCGGCACGGAUGAAUCAGAACGGCGUCUUUGAACUGCUGGGCCUCGGAGGCUUCUUCUUUGGGUACUUUGCGCGGUUCAAGUGGCCGUCGCCGGAGAAGCGGACCACCUUGGCGUUUCAACCCAAGACGAACAACUUGCAACUCUUUGGGAAGGACUGGUCCUGGCCCUUUCCGGGCGCUGGAGAAGGUGCUGAAGGUGACCGAACCUUCGAAGCCUCGCGUCUUCAGAAGCUGAACAUCUUCAAUUUUUUCUACGUCGAUGACCAGGUGGCCGUGGCACAAGGUGCUUCGGGGAGCGUGGCGCUGUGGGCGGCCACCGAGCCGAAGUGGGAGGAGGAGCACCUCAUCCACGUCGACCCCUGA